ACAGCGCAUGCGCGCGCGCCCAGGGGCGGGGCUUCCUUGGCAAGAUGGCUGCCAGCGGCUUGCGGCAGGCCGGUGCCGCGGCCAGCACCGCGGUGAAGCCUAUUUUCAGUCGCGACCUGAACGAGGCCAAGCGGAGGGUGCGCGAGCUCUACCGCGCUUGGUAUCGGGAGGUGCCGAACACUGUGCAGUUAUUCCAGUUGGACAUCACCGUGAAACAGGGACGGGAUAAAGUCCGAGAAAUGUUCAUGAAGAAUGCUCAUGUCACAGACCCCAGGGUGGUUGAUCUCCUGGUCAUUAAGGGGAAGAUGGAGCUCCAGGAAACCAUCCACGUGUGGAAACAGCGGACACACAUUAUGCGGUUCUUCCACGAAACAGAAACACCGAGGCCAAAGGACUUCCUGUCCAAGUUCUAUAUUGGCCAUGACCCAUAAGGUGCAUGUUAAUAUUUAAUUAUUUUAGAGUAUAAAUAAACUCAUUAUUUGAUGGUUGUUUUGUGAUAAACUUG